AUGCUUUUAAUUCUACUGCUCUUCAACUUCCUGCCAUGUUCCAUCAUUGCGACAACAAUGAAGGAUCUGCCACCUAGCGAUUUCGUUCCUGGGAUAAACGAUUUGAGACGCAAAUACGCCAAACAAUAUAACGUGCCAAAUAUGCAUGGAUUGAUCUGGAGUGAGGAUCUGCUCAAUAUUCUCAAACUUCACGAUUGGAGUUCUGCUUGGCCAGACGCCCGUAAAACUUGGAGAUACACUGAUCUCCAAUCUUAUGAGACUGCAUUGUCUCAGAUAGAAACAGAUUUAAACGAUUUUUUGAAAAAAACUGCAGAGGAAAUCAGAACAAAAAUUAAUCACGCUAUUUAUUCGAUGUCUAGGAUGGAAUUCAUCAAUCCGCUUCAAAGGUUCAUUGCGUGUACUCCAAAACCCCAAUAUGGAGCUUUCGUUAUUGUUUGUUUAGUAGGAACUGAAGGGUCUUUUACAAUGUUCGAUACAACUGGUCAAUCUACAGGCAUUCCUGGAUUCGGGUGCCAUAAGAGAUAUGAAAACGAGGACGGGUUAUGUGUUGCAACUAAUCCAGAAGAGGAAUCUUAUCGAGGACACCGGGAAGAUUUUAUUGAAGACAUUAACGAAAUAAGAAGGAGGUAUGCUGAUAGCUAUUACGUGCCAAAUAUGCAUGAAUUGAUGUGGAGUGAGGACCUUCUUGAUAUUCUCAAGCCUCUCGAUUGGCAUGGUGAAUGGCCCGAAAGUCGGAGAACAUGGCGAUUCGCAUACAUCGACUGUUUUGAUGUCGCAAAGCUUAAUAUUGAAAAAGAAAUGAAAAUAUUGCUAGGGAAGAACGGUGAAGCAGGCAAGCAGGAUCACAUCAAUGGGCAUGAUGGUGGAACAUUCGGUAUUAUGGAGUUUCUCAACCCGCUUCAGAAAUUCGUCGCAUGUGGUUCAAUUAUUGAUUCGUCAACCAAUCUAACAGUACAAGUUUGUUUGCUAGGACCACAAGGAGGAGUGCGGUUAUUCGAUACAAGCGGUCAAAUCAUUAAUGGUCCUGGUUCGGAUUGCGAGAGAAGAUAUAUGUACAGUCAUAUGUUGUGUGCUGCACAUCACCCAGAGGAAGAAUCUUAUCGAGGACGUCUGGACGAUUUUGAGGUGGACAUUAACGAUAUAAGAAGGGUUUAUGCAGAUCGGUUCAAUGUGCCAAAUAUGCAUGCAUUGGUAUGUGGAUUUUUGUGA